UUUUGCCAUAAUAACAUGAAAGCCAAUAUGUUUCACUGUGCAUCGCAAGCAUCCACGGCUACAAACGACGAACGAACCAUCGUCGUGGCUCGAGCUAUCGACCGUCAUAACCCAAUAAUCAAAGAUGGUAGGAGAUCUUUCACGGCACCGUGUUCCUCCGGGGACGACUACGUUGCUCCGUACCGUCAGCUUUCCAAAGUUACGAGGAUACCCUCCUCCUCCUCCUCCGGGGACGGGAAGAGUGUUCAGGUGGAUAAAGGAAGGAGGAGCAACUCAGGGUCGUUGUUGAACGUUAGCCUAGCGAGGAAGAGUUUUGGCUGUGUUUCUGCUCAGACACCCAAAACUCCUCCCGGUUCUACUAGGUAUCUUCUAGGAUCCGACCCGGUAUCUCUAGCCGGAUCUACGGGUCAGGAUACGGUUGUGACGGAGGAGGGUGAAGCUUCAGCAGGGGCAAAAAGAGGCUCUUCUGGUACUGUAGAAGAGAAGAAGAAGUCUUCUUCUGGCUCAGGUUCAGACCAGGUGGUUGUUCUUAGAGUGUCUCUCCACUGUCACUGCAGAGGCUGUCAAGGCAAAGUGAAGAAACAUCUAUCCAGAAUGCAAGGUGUGACAUCCUUCAGCAUAGAUUUUUCAUCAAAGAAGGUAACUGUGACUGGAGACAUCACUCCCUUGGAAGUAUUGGGUUGCCUCUCAAAGGUCAAAAAUGCCCAAUUCUGGACUCCACCUCAACAACCAUCACUCCCAACCGCAAAUCCGGAAAUCUAAAAAGAACAUGUUUUUUGUUUGUGUAUUUGUUUUACUGUCUUCCUCUCAGUUGUUUGAAUCAGAUCAAUGCUAAAAUGUUGAGACUUUCCUACUUUUAUGAUGAAACUGUCAUUACAUUACAGGGACACAUGCUUCUUUA